CUUUCAAUUUUCUUUCCCUAAUUCAGGCCAAAAAUAAAAUAAAAUGACUUUAAAUUCAUCACCUUCUCAUUUGUUAUCUCACACUUACUCUCUUUACCCACCGCUUUUUAUAUAAUCCAACAAUGUACCUCCACACACCGCUUCAUUUCAAUAUAAACUCUUCAUCCAGACCUCUUUAAACAUCCACACAAAAAUAAUAAUAAAGAGAAAUCGGUAGAAACAUACAAGAUCAACCAUGUCUUCUAUUUUUAAAGAGACUGAUGUUGUUGCUCUAGUUAACCAGAAUGAAAUUGCUACUAAUGUUGUUCCCAUUGAUGUUCCUACUAAUGAUGGUGACAUGAGAUUAGGUUCAGUUCAAAAGGAAGUUGACACAAAUUCAUCAUCAUCAAUUGGUGUGUUAAGUGAUGGAGGUGGUCAAAAUGAUGAAGAUGGUGAAGAAGCAUUAAGCAAGGCUGAUCCUGAUGAAGGACCCCUCACUUCUUUAGCAGCUUUAGAAGCUGCUCUUCCUUUAAAGCGAGGAUUAUCAGCACAUUAUGAUGGAAAAUCAAGAACAUUCAUGAAUUUGAAUGAAGUGAAAAGUGUGAAAGAGAUUGAAAAGGAAGAAAGCCCGUUGAACAAGCGGAGACGUUUAACCAUGGCUAGAACUAUCUUAACUAAAUGGGGUAGUAGCAGCUCAUCAAGUUCAAUGCCUUAUUUGAGACCCGCUGAUGAUUGAAAAAAACCAUAAUACUGAAGUUGAACAAGAAGUCAAAUCAUCCACCAGUAACAAUAACUUUAACUCCGUCAACUCUACCACCAACUCAUUCAUCAAUUGACUUGGUUAUCUUACAUGUACCUUGAUGUUUAGCUGUCGAUCAUGCAUUUAUUGUGUGAACAAUCCAUUUUCUAAAGUUUCUUUGUAUUGUUUUUUCCUUUGAGUUGUGAUGACAUUUUGUUUUUAAGC